AUGAGACCUAUCCACGUUCUGGUCAAGUCUCUGCAUCCCCUGAUAGAAGGUGCAGGCCAGGUCAGCCCGAUGCCUACAUCUCUGAUACUUGGUGGAAUCACUUUCAUCGUAUCUUUCACCAACAGGGUGGAAGAAUACCACAACAAGCUGGUUGAAAUGCUCGAGUGGAUGGGCGACGAGAUUGACAUCAUCAAUAAGUACAGGGAAGAAGAUCUGACGGGAAGCGAUCCUGACAUUAAAGCUUGUGAGAUUAUGCUUGCUACUGAUAUCCUCAAAACCUGCAUCAAAGUCGUCAGAACCUUUUACGAUGAACGUGGCAGAGAGAAAAAUGGGUUCAUCAUGGCGAUGAAGGCACAAUGUCAGGACUUUGCUUCGAAAUUUGGAGACAUCAAUGAUCAAUUCAAAUUGCAUCUGGGUGCUCUGGAGAAGCGCAGAAGAAUUGUCAACGCUCGACAUAUCAAAUCUCUUACCGCUGGGGUCGGUAACAUCGAAAGAGUACUCGGCGGAAAGUUUCAAGAGUCCCUGGAAGCACUUCCUCUACGCGAAAAAGAAGCCAGGAAUAAAGAAAAUAACGAAAGUCGCCGAAGAUUCCUCGCCUGGCUUCCCCACGUCAACUUCGGGGAUAUCCACGAGAAUCAUUUUGAGAGGCGAGUGCCUACAUCUGGCGACUGGCUUCUCCGCAAUGAGAAGUACCGACUCUGGAAGGACAGCGUCAACUCGGACCUGCUCUGGAUACACGGCAAACCAGGUUCUGGGAAAUCGCACUUGGCAGCCCGAGUGAUCAGCGAGUUGGCUUCGCCAGUGACGACACAAGCGACGUCCUCCAUGGCGUACGCUUACUGCACCUCUAACCAGACAAAGACCAGACUGACGUACAACAAUCUGCUGGGCACAAUCUUGGGACAGCUGUAUGAGCAGCUACCUGCCUCAGAAGGCAUUCCAACUUUGACGAGACAAGCCGACGCUGGAAGCAAGGAAGAACUCUCUAGAAGCGAACUAAAAGAAGGCAUCAAACUUGUUCUCAACCGCCUGCGCUUCACAUUUCUCGUUGUAGACGGCUUGGAUGAGUGUAGCCGCUUUGAAGAUCGCCAAUUUGCCGACUUUUGCAACUUUCUUGCCAGCCUAGCCGACUCAAAAGACUCGGGAGUGUGCACUAAGAUACUCAUCUUUAGCCGCCCAGACUACACUGCCAUCAGAUCCGCUGUUGCCCACUUUCCCACCAUUCGUAUCGACAUGGGAGCGAAUGACGAGGACAUCAAGGCCUAUAUUUCAUUCAAAGUUGAGGAGAUCAACAGUGAUCCAUCGCCCGAUGAACGAGAAGGCUUUGAAGAUAUCAAAAAGAUCAUGUUCAACAAAGCUAGCGGGCUUUUUCUGUGGGUUCAUUUCAAGUCAAGGCACUUCAGAGAAAUUGGAAGCGUUGAGGAUAUUUUGGAAACCCUCGGGGACAAAACGGAAGGACUUGAUGAGCUCUAUGGCGAAGAGCUUAAAAAGAUUCUCGACCACCGUUCAAGCCACGUAAGAGAUCGUGCUCUCAGGGCUCUACUUUGGGUCAAAAACGCAUACCGUCCUUUGUCGAAGCUCGAAUUAUUGGAGGCACUUUCCGUUAAACCCGGAAGAAAAGAUAUAAAGCAACGUGGGCGACUAUCGAGCGAUCUCGCAUUAGCAACAGAAUGUGCGGAUCUCAUCACCGAGGUCAACGGAUUCUAUCAACUCCGACAUGCCUCUCUGGAGGAUUUCCUCUCAUCUCAACUACCAAGUCUUCUGACGUAUGGCCCUCUCCAGUCGCAAGCGAACGAGAUUCUGGCGGAAGUUUGCCUCACUUACAUCAACUUUGAGAACUUUGAAAACGUCCAAGUACUCUCUGCAGAACAUGUUUCUCGGCUUUCUCGACAAUAUCCGUUGCUCGAAUAUGCCGUCUCAUCUUGGGGCGAUCACUUUCACGAAGCCAAAGGGCACGGUGUUCCUCAUCUAAAUCACCUUGUAUCAAAAUUUCUCGACAGCAGAAAUAAGCUAAGGCUAGCGAUCCAGAUCCUUGAGUUCCAAGACUUUAUAGUUGGAUCAUGGUCCCCAAGGAAUCCAACGCCUCUCCACAUCAUCGCUAUUUUCGAUCUUCGGGAAGUUGCGGACAUGAUGUCCGACCUUCACCUACUCUUAAAUAGCGUGGAUGAUUUUGGCCAUCUGCCAAUUGAGUACUCGGUGCUUCAUGGGUGGAAAGAUAUGACGAAAUGGUUGUUGAGAAAACACCGCGAAGCAUUGGAGGCCAUUGGCAGCUACACUUUCAGUCAGCCAUUUCUCGAAUCGUGCGGUGCUUGGAUGCUACACAGCGCUUCGGAAGAGGAUUGGGAAGACGUGAUCAUCGAUCUAGUCGCAAUGGGAUUCGAUAAAGACUCCUCAAACAUAUCUGGAGAGACCCCCUUACACGCAGCAGCCGUAGCUGGCUCGAGCCGAGCCCUAGACUGUCUUUUGAAACUUGGUGCUCUGCCUGACGUAGCUGACGUUGAUGGCAAAACACCUCUCAUAAUGGCAGCCAUGCAUAUGAACCCCGAACUUGCGGCCUCUUUGCUACAGCACAAAGUGGACGUCAAUCACCAAGGAAGAAACAAUGAGACCGCGCUCCAUUUUGCGGUGCAAAAUGAUCAAGUCGAACUGGUCAAAGCCCUUCUCGAUGCUGGCGCAAAUGUGAAUGCGCAAUGCUCUACAGAGAGAGGGUUUCACGGUCAGACUCCACUACAUUAUGCCGCAGAAGGAAAUCUAGAAGAGAUUAUGAGUGUUCUGAUCAGUCGAGGAGCGAGCAUGGACCAAGGAACAGAGUGUGGUGACACUCCACUAUUGGUGGCAUGUUACUGCAACAACGCUCGAGCUUUUGAUACCUUGCUCAAGCAUGGCGUUGACAUACAUGCGCGCAACUUGCAAGACGAGUCGAGCUGCCUUCACGUUGCUUCCAUGUUUGGCUCACUAGAGGUUAUGGAGUUGAUUCUCACUUCUACUGCUGGCCAAACUCUGAUUGACUGUAUUGACAUCGAUGGGAACACGCCGCUGUACUGCGCACUACGCAAAAGCCAGUCAGCAGCUGCAAAGCUUUUAAUCGACCAAGGCGCCCGUACCGAUCUUUGCAAUUCAAUGCAAGACACGCCGUUGCAUAUUGCUAUCGAAACGGGGUGCUCAGAUGUUGCAGAAUUACUCCUCACCACACACAAUAUGGACCUGAACCAACCAGGGCACCAGGGAAGAACAGCAUGGUAUUAUGUCGCUUUUCAUGGUCGAACCGAGCUUCUGUCUUCAAUUGCAACAGUUUCUGGUGUGCAUAUGAAAGAUGCCAAUGGUAGCACACCGUUGCACAGUGCAGCCUUGAACAACCAGGGGUGUUUUAUAUCCGAGUUGCUCAGGUUGUUUCCUGACACGAAUAUCAAUGCGCAAGACAGCGAUGGCUUGACACCGUUGCAUAUUGCUGCUACACAUGGGUCGAAGGAUUCCAUCGAAUUGAUUGUCAAAGCUGACCCCUCUUCUUUACAUCUCAAGGACAAGAGAGGAAGACUUCCACUACAUUUAGCAGCUUUGCAUGGCCAUUCGCAUUGUUUGGAGCGACUCAUCACGCCAAAGUCUAUAGAGCAUCGUGAUCUAAAUGGAUCCUCAGCUCUAUGGAUCGCCUGUAUCUUUGGGCAUCAGAAUGUGGUCGAAUACCUUGUGCGCAUGGGUGCCGAUGCGAACAAAGUAGACGAUCGUUUUGGAGAGCCCCCAAUUCUAGUUGCGUUGCUAGAAAAGCACGUGAGCAUAGUCGAACAUCUCCUGGACCAUGGUGCUCACACCAACAUUCCUGACAACAAGAUCUUUGGAUAUCUCUUCGGACACCUCUUCGAUGGUGACGAAGCCCUCAAGUCAACUCGGGAUUGCCCUACAGACUCUUGA